AUGACAGAAGACCAACCAGUCAAAUGUGUGGUCGUCGGUGACGGCGCCGUGGGCAAGACCUGCAUGUUGAUCUCACACACCGAGAAGAAGUUCCCCAGAGAGUAUGUGCCUACGGUCUUUGAUAAUUACGAGACACACGUCACCGUGGAGGGCAAGGAGGUCAAGUUCUCCCUCUGGGACACGGCAGGCCAGGAGGCGUAUCAGCGGAUACGAACGCUGUCCUACCCGAAGACGGACAUCUUCCUCCUCUGCUUCUCCGUCGUCAGCCGCGACUCCUACGACAACGUCAAAGAAACCUGGCUGCCCGAGUUGAGGCAUCACUGCCCGUCGGUGCCGAUCAUCCUGGUAGGCACCAAGAUCGAUCUCAGGGAAGACGAACAAACGGGCGAGAAGCACCCAACACCCGGCAAAAGCUGGCCAAUCGAGAUCAAGGCGGUGAAGUACCUGGAGUGCUCGGCCCUCUCGAGGAAGGGCCUCAAGACCGUGUUCGACUUUGCCCUGACCUACGUGCUGAGCGCCGACAUGAGGGAGGCCCAUGCCCAGAUCCAGGCCCCCAAGAAGAAGUCCUGCUCCCUCUUCUAA